UCCCCCCCCAAAAAAAAACAAGAUCUGUUGCCGCAUUCGGUCUCCUCCUUUCUCAUCGAUCCCCUUCUUCCUCUCUACAGGACGCCUCCCGCAGCAGAUCAUCGCGCCGCCGCCGCCGCAAAUCAGGUGUCAUUCCUUUUCUUCGAUCCAACCCAAUCUCUUUCCUCUUCUUUAGUCCAAUCCUUCUACUUUUUGAUCCAAUCCCUCUUUAACCUGAAACAGUAUCCGAAAAGAACUACUUCGCUGCGCCAAUGGGGUGUUCGGCUGGGACUCCGGCAAGAACUCCUUUUUCCGUUCUAGAGGCCGAUGUACGCUCAUAUAAAUACACAUCUACUCCCUCGACUGAAGCUACAGCCCAAUUGCGUCGUUUCGUCCGUGCUCGACAUUUGUGUACUGUCGUUCUGCCGAUGUCGUCGGAAUCUCGCCGCUUUGCCGAAGUCACCGGAAUUUGUCUGUACUGCCGACUUCACUGGAAAUACGUCCGCCCGUGUAGCCAAGUAGAAAAAACUUUUAGGUUCCAGCAAAAACAAUGGCUUGCCGUCGCCAGGUCACAGCAAAAAAUUUGGUCGGUACCAGCCAAAAAAGAACAGUUCCAGCAAAAAAAGAUCCUUGUCGCGGUCACAGAAAAUGGAUCACAACGUUGAAUCGGCAGUUGUUGAGGAUUUUCAUAACCAACCUUAAAAAAAAGUAAAAUGUUCUGUAUCAAGUCUUUUGGAAUCAGAUGAACAUAUCAAUGGUGAUCCAUUGACAUCACCUCCAUCGCCAAUCAUCUCGACCUUACCUCCGGUUUCUGAAAGUUCUGAAAUGAAUGGUUUGAAAUCAGAUGAACAGAUAAAUGAUAAUCUAUUGCCAUCACUUCCAUCAUCAACGAUCUCAACACUAUCUCCGGUUUCUGGAUUGAUGAAUGAACAAAAGGUUGCAUUAGAUGAUGAUAAGCAAUCAGAUGAACAUAAACAGAUUGAAGAUGAAAGAUAUGAUUAUCUCCCACAAGAUUAUGCAUUGACCGAGCGGGAUUUAUGCGCUCAUGUAAUAAUAGAAACGUCUUUGAAAAAUGAUUUACUGGUGAAGAUAGAUGACAUCUCUGUCAAACAACAUCAAAUGGUGUGCCUGCUAGAUGAUAGCAAAUGGCUAAAUGAUGAUGUAAUCAGCGCAUAUAUAUGUUGUAUAAAGGAUCAAGUACAUGUGCAAAAUAAGAAUGAUGGUAAAGUAUAUUUUGAGAACCCCUUUAUUUCCAGAUUGUUAAAACGGGAUGGUGGUAUUGGAAUACAUGGAGAUGGUACCUUUAUGACAGAUAUUGUCAGAAACUAUCUGAAAUAUGACAUGAUUGAACUUCCCAUAAAUAUCGACAACAAGCAUUGGUAUUUAGCUAUCGUCAAUGCAAAAAAGUCUGAGAUACAAGUAUUCGACUCAUUGUGUUGGGAGUUCAACCGAAAUGACCUCACUACUAUGCUACAAGGACUACAAUAUCAUUUGGACAUUCUUAGAAGACAACAAGACUCUAUUAGCCAUAAAUGGACAGAUCUAGAUGUUACUAAAUGGAUGAUUACAGAACAAUUACGAGAGCCAAUUCAGGAAGACAGUUCAUCAUGUGGUCUAUUUAUGCUUAAAUUCAUGGAAUAUUCUACCGAAGAUACACUAUGCCAUCCGAUUACACAGGAAAUAAUUACUCCUUUUAGAUAUAAGUUAGCCAGCAUAUUAUUAUGUUGGAAAACAAAUACAGCAGCGAUGACUACCAUGCUUGAACAAAGUGAUAUUGAGGAAGAUCCUAAUGAUGUUGUGAUGUUGGAAAGUCCGGAGGAUCAAAAUAAAGCAAAAUCAUUAAACUCAUUGUCCUUCAAAAAUAAAUACCAAUCAUUGAUAUCUGUUAUUUCUAACAUGAGCCUACAUGCAUUAGUAGGUAGACUUUGUAGCUACAUCAAGUCAAUCAAGUGUAUGGAAACUUUAGAAAAAGUAUGGGUACAAAGCUCCAAGCCAUAUCCCAUCAGCUUAACUCUAAAAAAGCUACAAGGAAUUCUAAAUGAGGAUUUGCCCAUGAACCGUGAUUGUUUCAAUCUGGUCGUACGAAGGAAUAUGUUUGACAACAUUUAAACGAUUAAAAAAAAGAAGAGGAUCGAUAUCGAAGCAUUAUCUUGACAUGCAGUUUUUGGUAUGUUCUUACAUUGACUAUUACUUCUUUUGCAUAUACAAAUUCUUUUUCAUCACCUCCCUAACUAAUUUGGACGACACCCAAACUAUCGGAAAAAGUUAGAUGUGAAACAAUUAGCAAAUUGCAUUCGUAGCUGGCCUGGUAUCAAAUAGUGUUUCAACAUGCAAAUCAGUAAGAUCCCUCCCCUACACCUGUCAGCACAAUUUUUAUUGUUACAUUUAAUAUAUAGCCUAUUUCAGAUUCAUAUUCCAGUGCAAUCAAAUGGUGAUUACAUCUUGUUCAUACUGGACCAUGAUAUCAAAACUGUCAACAUUUUGGACCCUACUCCUAUUGAUCCCAUCUAUCAAUACAACCCACAUGCAAGAUAUGUGCACAAAAUUUUGUGGAUUGCUGAAUACUUAACUAAAGCCAUGUCAAAGGCAUGCCCUGGGUCUAGAUGGAACGAGAAUAUUUUCCUAUGGCGCCAAAAAAUCAUACAUGAUAUUCCGGUUCAAAAUAGGGAACUGUCUGGUUAUUUGGUUACCCACUUCAUGCCUACAUGGGAAGAUGAAAACCUGCAUCUACCAGUUUUAAAGGAUGGAUAUGAACUCAGAAAACAAAUUUCGGGACAGCUACUGACAUUCAAGGAGAAUGAAUGUGAAAACAACAUGCCUGCUGGUAUCCUGGAAUUCAUCAGUUGUAUACGGGAAAUCCAAAAUAAAGCUGCACAACUUUGUUCUCCAAUAUGAAUAUGUGGACUUACGGGUCAAAAGGAAAACAAAGACCAAUAAAGAAGCCCCAUCUCCAGCAGUUGCUCCUCCUCAACUGCCUACAUGCUAGAGACUGUGACGCGCAACCUGAAGCCCACCUCUUAUCCAAACUCUGUAGUUUAGUUUGUUCACCUUUCAGGGACUGCAUAGAUUUAGUUAAUAGUGAUGUUUUCCUUUGUGUCAAAACUCUUAUGUAAUUCGAGUUAGUUAUUAUGGCACUAUGUCCUUUUGGGGGGAGGCCCCUGAUUACCGAAAAUCAAUGUCAUUUUUUCUAUUAUUUUC